CCUUAUUAUACCAGUUAUCAUUAUUGAAACAUUUUAUCAAGAUUUCAUUCCGUGUGCUGUUGCGGCAGCCCCAAGUCUUUCAAAAGACAAUACCAGGUGCUCCAAUGGCUUCUUUUGGGCAACCCAUCACUUAUCACUCCACUCAGCACUCUCCUUAAUCAACUCUCCUUACACCCCAUUAGAAUAUCUUAAUCAAUGGAAUCCUUUAAAAUCAGCAUAUCCUAUAUCCUUUCCUGGAUUCCCUUAAAUUUCUCAUCUUUGCAAAACCACCCAAGUAGCUUUGGGUCCAUGAGAUUUCAGUAGCAGCAGAGCCAAAAAGUUACCAAAUUUUAUUGGGUAGAAAAAAAAGAAAGCAUUAGGACUUACAUAGGAGGCGACUAUCAUGGAGCAGAGAUAUAUUUUGUUUGGGAAAUAUGAGAUGGGGAGAUUGCUUGGGAAAGGCACUUUCGCAAAAGUCUACUAUGGGAAGGAGUUGACAUCGGGUGAAAGCGUGGCGAUAAAAGUCAUCAGCAAAGAUCAGGUGAAGAAAGAAGGCAUGAUGGAGCAGAUCAAGAGAGAAAUCUCUGUCAUGCGUCUUGUUCGUCAUCCAAAUAUAGUGGAGCUCAAAGAAGUCAUGGCUACAAAAACCAAGAUCUUCUUCGUUAUGGAGUAUGUCCGUGGCGGUGAGCUAUUUGCAAAAGUUUAUAAAGGCAAACUCAAAGAAGAUGCUGCUCGUAAGUACUUUCAACAACUGAUAAGCGCAGUCGAUUUUUGCCAUAGUAGAGGUGUCUCACACAGAGAUUUGAAGCCAGAAAACCUUCUUUUGGACGAGAAUGAAGAUCUAAAGAUAUCUGAUUUUGGCUUGUCAGCCUUGCCUGAGCAACUUCGCAAUGAUGGGCUCCUUCACACGCAGUGUGGGACUCCAGCUUACGUUGCCCCCGAGGUUUUGAGGAAAAAAGGCUACGAUGGAUCCAAAGCAGAUAUUUGGUCUUGUGGGGUUAUCUUGUAUGUUCUUCUUGCAGGUUUCUUGCCUUUUCAAGAUGGGAAUAUCAUGAAGAUGUACAGGAAAGUUUUCAAAGCUGAAUUUGAGUUUCCACCCUGGUUUUCAACAGAAUCAAAGCGUUUGAUCUCAAAACUACUCGUGGCAGACCCUGAAAGAAGGAUCACAAUUCCAGCUAUAAUGAGUGUUCCUUGGUUUAGAAAGGGAUUCACACGUCCCCUUGCGUUUUCAGUCGAAGAACCAAUAUCGGAUAACAUAGAGGAUGAUGAUUCUGCCCCCAAGACUAACAAACUAUCGUCUCCGAAAUUCUUUAACGCAUUUGAGUUCAUUUCCUCUAUGUCAUCAGGGUUUGAUUUGUCAAGUUUGUUUGAAAAUAAGAGGAAAUCGGGGACAAUGUUCACGUCAAGAUGUUCGGCCAGUGCCAUCAUGACUAAAAUUGAAGGUGUUGCAAAGGGGUUGAACUUCAGGGUGGGUAAAGUCAAGGACUUCAAGAUGAGAUUACAAGGGUCAUCAGAGGGGAGGAAAGGACGGCUGUCGGUGACGGCGGAGGUGUUUGAGGUGGCACCAGAGGUUGCAGUUGUGGAGUUCUCUAAGUCUUCCGGGGACACCUUCGAGUAUGCUAAGUUUUGCGAGGAAGAUGUUAGGCCUGCAUUGAAAGACAUCGUUUGGACAUGGCAAGGUGACAGUUUCAACAAUGGUAGCAAUGUUAAAAUUGAGGGAGAAGGGUGUCAAACGCAAGUGCCACACACAACCUAACGCUCAGCAGAAAUUAGGGAAAUUUCCCAUGUUCACCUUUUUCUCUUUGUUUUCUUUUUUGGAAAGAUAGGUUUGAGGAUGAGAAUUUGUGAAAUCUUACUCUGUGAUUAGUACAGUAAUGUAUGGCUUUGGAUUUUGCAUAUAGAUACUAGAUACUGGGUGUGGAGUGUUGGAUGAGAAAUUCUUUAAACUUUACAACGUCAUUUUGGGUUUUUUGGAUGUACAUAGCGAAGAUGUUAUUGUCAGCAUCCUAUUGUAAUAUUUUUGUUGCUUUCUUGGUGAGGAAAAAAGUAAAAACACAAAAUUGUUAAAUGAAUGCCUUGAUCAUGGAGGCCAAGCAAAAGCUGCAGCCUGGCUUUGGCGAUAGUUCAAUGCCUUUAAGACAGUUCAAUUGCCUUUGAAUUCGAUGUUUGUAGGGCUAGGAUAAGACGCUAGCUUCCAAUGCCAAUUACCUAAUUUGAGGUUCAAUUUUCAUUGAACAAUCAACUUAUCGCAUUGACUCCCUAAAGCUUCAACCAUUCAUGGCAGUAGGGGGACAGAAAACAGGGGAAGAAGAUGCGUGACACUUGAGACAUUCUUUUAUUCUGCAAUUCCAAUUCAUUCGCGAAUAAGAUCAAUCGGAAAACAAGAUGUCUGAGAACAUUUUUCAAGUUUUAAUUUAUGUUCUCUUCGAAGUCAUUUAAAAAUUGACGACUCUUUCACUGAGUCAAAAGCUUGCACUCCUCGUGCCAACUCUGUAUUUAAUUAUAUUUAAGCGCCUAUCGUGUACCCAAAUUACUAAUAGAACCGGUCAGGUAAUUAUUUUAAAUACAACUCUCAGGUUCAG